UAUAAUUCUGAUAGGUUUCCUGUGGUUGAGAACAAAUUAAAAUAAGAAUGGCUUCCUCUGACUCUUUGAAUAGUCCAUUCCAGACUGCUUUUGAUUUUGUUUCUGUGGAGAGUGUGCAGGAGCUUGCACUAAACAAACCCAAUGACAUUCCCCAGAGAUACAUCAGAUCAGAAGAAGAAAGGCCGUCUUCAACACCACUUUCUUCUCUCUUGAAAGUUCCUGUAAUCGACAUGGAAAAGCUUCUCUUGCCGUCUGACAACCCUGAAAGACGCAAGGAGAUGGGCAUUCUUUCUAAGGCCUGCAUAGAGUGGGGCUUCUUUCAGAUUGUGAACCAUGGAAUUCCACAUUCUUUAGUAGAUCGCAUGAGAGGAGUGACAAAUGAAUUCUUUAGUCUUUCCUUAGAAGAAAAGAAAAAGUAUGCUCCACAAGCAGGAGAUUCUCAAGGCUAUGGUAAUAUGUUUGUGGUUGAUGAAGAACAAAAGUUGGAUUUUGGGAAAGAUCCAAUGAUGGCAGUAAGGAUGAAUUUAUAUCCACCUUGCCCUAGGCCUGAUCUAGUGUUGGGGUUAAGCCCUCAUUCAGAUGGAGCUGCCAUAACACUUUUACUUCAAGAUGAACACAUAGAAGGCCUUCAGGUUCGCAAGAACAACAAAUGGGUUCCUAUUCAACCCAUUCCUUAUCCCCUUGUUGUUAAUAUUGGUGACCUAAUAGAGGUGAUGACAAAUGGAAUUUAUAAGAGUAUAGAACAUCGUGCGGUGACAAACAAAGAGAGGACAAGGUUAUCCAUUGCUAUGUUUUAUUUUCCAGGCUUAGAUGAUGAAGUGGCUCCUGCAAGCAACCUUGUCGAUGAAGAACACCCUUCGCUAUAUGAGAAGUUCAAGCAAAAAGAAUAUAUGUAUUAUUACACGAAUACAAAACUCAAUGGAAAAAAGCCAUUGGCUAACUUUUCCAAAAUGUGUGAAUAGUAUUCAAUAUCACUAGUUAGUGUGGUAAGAAAUAAAUAAAUAUAUGAAAAAUAAUACUUGGAAUAGAUGGUAAUUCCAUUUAUGUACAAAAAUAAUAAGGAAAACAAUAAUCAUGAUAUGUUUCCUUUAGUUUUUAGGAUAUAUAUUGUUAGAAGUGCAAUAUAAAAUGCAUGAUAUUAUAUGAUGUAAUA